AUGUCUACUGCACAAAAACAAAAGAAAGGUGCUGUUGAUUUCGUUGCUGGGGGUGUUGCUGGUUUAUUCGAAGCUUUGUGUUGUCAUCCAUUAGAUACGAUCAAAGUGAGAAUGCAAUUAUACAGAAAGUCUGGUCAAAAACCACCAGGCUUCAUUAAGACGGGGAUCAACAUUGUUCAAAAAGAAGGUUUUUUGUCAUUAUAUAAAGGAUUGGGUGCAGUUGUUAUUGGUAUUGUGCCAAAAAUGGCUAUCAGAUUCAGUUCAUAUGAAUUCUACCGUUCCUUCUUUUUGGACGAAAAUGGGAAAAUCACCACUGGUAAGACUUUCCUUGCUGGUGUUGGUGCUGGUAUUACUGAAUCGAUCAUGGUUGUUAAUCCUAUGGAAGUUGUGAAAAUUAGAUUACAAGCACAACACCAUUCUAUGAAGGAUCCAUUGGACAUUCCAAAAUACAGAAAUGCACCUCAUGCUGCAUACCUUAUUGUCAAGGAAGAAGGUUUCAGUACUUUGUACCGUGGUGUUUCUUUAACUUGUGCUAGACAAGCCACCAACCAAGGUGCUAACUUUGCUACAUACUCUACCAUCAAAGCAUACCUUCAAAAGAAACAAAACUCUGAAUUAUUACCAGCAUGGCAAACUAGUAUUAUCGGUUUAAUCUCUGGUGCAGUUGGUCCAUUAACUAAUGCUCCAUUGGAUACCAUCAAAACUAGAUUACAAAAGAGCAAGUUCACCACUAAGGAGAAUGGUUUGGUUCGUAUUGUCAAAAUCGGUAAGCAAUUAGUCAAAGAAGAAGGUGUUGGCGCUUUGUACAAGGGUAUAACUCCAAGAAUCAUGAGAGUUGCCCCAGGUCAAGCUGUGGUAUUCACAGUGUAUGAAGCUGUCAAGCACUAUUUGACAAAUGAAACGACUGCUUAA